AUGCAGGCUCGCAAAGACGAGAUUCUGGCCAAAAAGGCAAAGCUCGCCGAACUCAAGCGCCAGCGAGAAUUACGCCAGAGGGAGUUCAGUCAGAACAGAGCCAGCAUCGGUGAUGCUUCGGAGAUAGUUUCGCCUGUGCCCAGUCGGACAGAUAGCAGAGCAGAGCUUGACAGUCUCAUUUCACGGCUUGUCGACCGACCGUCUUCGACAUCGUUCAAGGACGGAGAUGGACCCUCACGAAGAGGCAGUCGGCCAAACUCGGUGCUGAGUGCUAGCCAAUUAAGCGGCGAGAAUGCAGAGACAUAUUCACCUUCUACGCGGAUGGUAUCGCAGUCUAUCGCCACGCAGACUGAAGCUACUGGGCCCAUUGUUGCAGAACCAGCACCAGCCCCUGAACCGAAAAAGGAGACGGUUACGUAUAGUAAAGCUGUGCAAACGGAUGAUCUGCCGCCACAUCCAGCUACAGCAAUAGAUAUUCCAUUAGAUGCGGAGGAUGAGCCUACUUCGCCGUCAGGCAAAAGACUGAGUCGCAGAGGGCGUGAGCGCGAUGAUGAGAUCCGCGAAAGACUCCGUAGAGAAAUCGAAGAAGAGAUCCAAGCAUCCCAGCAGGUCAACGGAGAUGCGGCCGCCUCGACACAAGUCAGAUACCCUCUGCGGACACUGAACGAUGACGAGCUGAAUGCCGUUACUUCUUCUGGUGACUUUUUGGAUUUCGUGGAAAAGUCAAGCAAGGUUAUCGAACGCGCCCUGGACGAGGAAUAUGAUAUCUUGGCAGACUAUGAGCUUGGAGGAAUCAAUGCGGAGGACGAGGAUGAAGAUGAAUACGGCAAGAAGCGAAGGGGGAUUAAGGAAGUGGCACAAUUCUACGACGAGCGAUGGAGCAAGAAGCGAAUGAUCAGUGAUUUGAGUUUCUCACCAAAGUUCCCAGAAUUAGUCCUUGCUGCAUACACGAAAAAUCCUACUGCGCCGCACGAGCCUGAUGGUCUGCUUCAAGUAUGGAACCAACAUCUUCAUUCACGCCCAGAAUACGUAUUCCACUCUACGUCCGAUAUCCUUGCUGCAAAAUUCUCGCCAUUCCAUCCCAAUCUUAUUGUCGGUGGUACAUAUUCCGGGCAAGUUCUGCUAUGGGACACAAGGUCAAGUCGCGCAGGAGGCGGCGCCCCAGUUCAGAAAACACCGCUGACUGGGGCUGGACAUACACACCCUGUCUAUAGCAUCGCCAUAAUCGGCACACAAAACGCACAUAAUAUUUUAACGGCAUCUACAGACGGCGUCGUCUGCGGUUGGACAGUCGACAUGCUGUCCCAGCCUCAAGAAUACCUCGAACUGACCACCCCCCCGCCAUCAAAAACAGAAGACCUAGCCCCAACCACAAUGUCCUUCCCCCAAUCCGACCCAACAUUCUUCCUCGUCGGGACCGAAGAAGGCGGCAUAUACCCGUGCCACAGAUACGACCGCGCUGGCGCCAAAGCCGGCACCGAUCAACGUCUCGCCUACCGCGGCCACGCCGCCCCCGUCAUGUCCACGGCCUUCCACCCUGCCCGCGGACCCGUCGAUUUUGGCGACCUCAUGCUCAGCUCCAGCCUUGACUGGAGCGUGAAGCUCUGGCGCGUGCGACCGCCCGCCACAACUGCCGCGUCCGCCACUAGCCUCGCCUCAGGCCCGCAAGUCAUCUCCCCAUUGCUCGACAUCAACCGCGAAGACGUCGUCUACGAUGCGAAAUGGUCACCACACCGACCCGGCGUAUUCGGCCUCGUCGACGGCGCUGGCAACGUCGAGAUCUGGGAUCUCUUCACCGAUACCGAGGUCCCCGCCGUCAAAGCCCAACCCUCGCGCGGCCGCGGCGGAGUCCUAACCCGCAGUCUAAACAAAAUCGCAUGGGAAGAGCGCGAAGGCAGACGCCUCGCAACAGGCGGGCUGGACGGAGUCGUUACGGUCUUCGAGGUCGGCAAGGCGCUUAGUGGACCUGUCGAAGAGGUGCCAUCGGAAGAAUGGACGGGUAUGAAGCGGCUUGUAAGUAAACUGGAGCAAACUGAUCGGGUGAUAUAA